GGGAGGGAUGGAGGCGGCACAGCAGAGCAGGCAGAGAUGCUGAAAGGGGAUGCUUGUCUCUGGCCACAGUGACAGAAGAAAAGAGGACAAACCUCUGGCAGGAGGAGGGUGUGUGUGUGUGUUGGUGUGUGAUCGUGCGUGCAUGUGCGCACACCAAGGGGCUCCCUCGCUGAAGACACCGCCAUGGCAUGGGUUCCAUCGCCAGGUUUCCUUUUGUUCUGCUCCAGCUGCAAACGGUCCGCGUUGACGAGCCGGGGCCAGGGGCCUUGAGGUAACACAAAAGCAGAGGUCCUGAUCCACUCCACGGCAGGAUGGCCUCGUCGGGGGCCCCGGGGACUCGCAUGACAUCCACAGUCAGCAUAAACAUCUCCACCCCGAGCUUCUACAGCCCUCAGAAGAAAUUUGCACCCGUUGUUGCCCCUAAGCCCAAAGUGAACCCCUUCAAGGCUGGCGGAUCGGCUUCGGAAAAUGCUUCUGAGCAGACGUUUCCGCCCCCUCCGCCGGGGGCUUGUGCCCAGAUAGGGAAAGUGGGGGAGAUCCCGGCAGCUGUGACCCUUUCCCUCUGUGAAGAGCUUCCACCCCCUCCGCCUCCCCCUCCUGGGGAAGAGAUGGUUGUCUCCUCAAACAGCGCCUUCCCUCCCCCACCUCCCCCAUUCGAAGAGCCGUUUCCCCCAGCGCCAGAAGACGUCUUCCCUUCGCCUCCUCCGCCAAUGCUGGAGGAGGAACCCGUGGCUUUGAGUGGGCUACCUGCCCCCCAGGGGCAGGCCCGUGGAAAGAUGAGCAGCAUUGAUUUGGAGAUUGAUACUCUGUCCUCAAUGCUGGAUGACAUGGAGAAGAAUGACCCCUUCAAACCGCGGGUAUCUCCAGGUUCCAUGGCUCACGUAGGCCUGGCUUCUGGACCUAAAGCUUCCCCAGAAACCAUUGCUCCACCUAAGGAUGUCUCAGCUCCUGUUUCCUUCCCUUCCAACGCUGCCUCCAGCGCCAGCGCAGGCUACGUGCCCAAAACGCAGAGAGAAACAGCUUCUGUUCCUCCACCAUGGGUGAAGCAGAAUAGAGACUCGCCAUCGACACAGCUUCCAGGACCGCCGGCUCCUCCUCCUCCUCCUCCAGCUCCAUCAGCCCCCAAAUACACUCCACCCCCCGUUGCCGUGGCCCCCAGAUUUGUACCCAAAGCAGCUGCAGGGAUCCCGUCCGGCUUCCCGCGCCAGGCGGCUGCUGCCCCUCCGCAGCCUCGCUUCCCACCCGCUUCUGGCGCAGGGCCAGCCCCGAGGCCACAGCCGCCUGCUUUCACCUAUGCACAACAGCGAGAAAAGCCCCAGGUUCAGGAGAAGCCACGUCCCGUUGGACAACCGCUUGCCCCGCGAGACGUGCGUAACCCGGCACCCUUUGUGAACACUGGAUCAGACCCUCCCAGGGGCAACUCUGUCCUGACCAUGAAAGAGGUUGAGGAGCUGGAGAUGUUGACCCAGAAGCUCAUGAAGGACAUGGACCAGCCUCCACAUGCAGAGGCCACCAAUUCUGAGUUGUGUGGCCUGUGCCACAAAGCCCUGUCGCGGACGCAGCCGGCUGUCCGCGCCCUAGACAAGCUCUUCCAUGUGGAGUGCUUCACCUGCUUCAAGUGUGAGAAGCAGUUGCAGGGACAGCAGUUCUACAACGUGGACGAAAAGCCCUUCUGCGAGGAGUGCUAUGCGGGCACCCUGGAGAAAUGUUGUGUGUGCAAGCAAACGAUCACAGACAGGAUGCUGCGAGCCACGGGCAAUUCCUACCACCCUCAGUGCUUCACCUGUGUGGUGUGCCACAAAGCCCUCGAGGGAGCCUCCUUCAUCGUGGACAAAGCCAACCAGCCACAUUGCGUGGACGACUAUCACAGAAAAUACGCCCCACGAUGCUCGGUGUGUGCUGAGCCCAUCAUGCCAGAGCCCGGGAAGGAUGAGACCGUCCGCGUGGUAGCCCUGGAGAAGAACUUCCACAUGAAAUGUUACCGCUGUGAGGAUUGUGGGAAGCCGCUUUCCAUCGAAGCAGAUGACAAUGGCUGUUUCCCCCUGGACGGGCACGUGCUGUGUAGAAAAUGUCACACCACACGGGCCAAAGCUGCGGUCUAAGGACCUUGGAUCAGGAUGCGCCCUUGAUGUGCUUCCCCAUCCCCACCCAGCCCAGUCAGUGGGCCUGAUUUUCCUCUGUGCUGUUUCUGGUCAUUCCUCUCCCCCCUCCCCUCAAAACACACCAUGCAUUUUUACUUAGAAAGAGUCUGUCUGGCAAUAUCUCUUUCCACCCAAGGGCUCUUGUGUUUUCUUUUUCUUUUUAACCUGCCCCUCUAAGACUGGGUGUCCCUUAACUCCUCGCCUAGUCUGGCCACGGUAUAUUAUUCUAGACACUGCAGAAAGUGACGUGGAAUUGCUAUAAGCCCUGCAGUCCUUUUACUUACUAAAUAAUAAAGUAAUCUUAGAGGAAAAGUCUGGAUCCUUCCAACCUGCUAUGUCCCCUGACCCUGCAAAAUGCUGUCCUCUGUUCAGGUAUGGAACACGACCCAACUAAUGGGACUAUUUUUUUAAACCCUUACUUUUGGCGAUGGACAGAGUCUUUGCUCUAUGGGAUGAUGAUAUAAACGAAUCUCCUUCUUCUGUACUGGACUUGUGUGCCUGAAUGGUUCUCCUUGCCAGGAAGGAGUUUAUGGACCAGUUCCCCACCCCACCCCAGUCCCCAGAGUUAUGGUGGCCCCAGUUAUUUUUUACCUCCGUGGUGCUUUGGCCUAGCAACUUCUGCAUAGCAAACUAUCCAAAGGACUACUUCUCUGUUUACAACAUGGUUUGUCGAACUGGGAGUGUGGCAUGACCGGGAAUGGUCCCGAAUUGAUGCUGAGAAAGGCACCCUCAUCAGAGUUUGUUCGUUUGCAGCCUACAUGUGAUGGGUGCCAUCUAAGUCCCUGCCAGGGCCACACUCCCACCCUUCUCUGCGGGGGUUGCUGUAAGUGACUUCGCUGGUGUGUGUUUUUGGCACAGCCAAUGGAGCAGAGCCUCAAUUCCUAGGCUGGACUGAACAAGCAUCUUCAAUAUUGUCUGUCCCAGCCACUGUUUGCAUUAAUAAAAUUUGUGUUGGGUUCCCCUCCAUUAUAA